CACCAACCCACCCCCCACGGUGACCACCAUCCUCUCCACUCUGCUUUCUCUUCCCUGAAUUCCAACAACAGAGAGGAAGUCAUUCAGGUUCAAUUCGCUCUCCACACCCUAACAAUGGCGAGCGCAUUACGGACAUCGGCCUCCAUGGCCCUGCGAGCCAAGCCGACGACGUCCCUCAUACCCUUCCGCGUCGCCGCCGCGUCCAUCUCCUCCUCCUCCAAGAACAAUGCCGCACAGGUCCAACCCCACGCCGGUGCCUCGACGGGUCUCCAGCCGAAGCAGGUUCCCCUCGCGAGCCAGGAGGGCACCAAGGGAAUUGUUCAAUAUGCCCUCACCACCCUCGACCAGAUCGUCAACUGGGGCCGCCAGUCCUCCCUCUGGCCCAUGACCUUUGGCCUCGCCUGCUGCGCCGUCGAGAUGAUGCACCUCUCGACCCCGCGCUACGACCAGGACCGCAUGGGCAUCAUCUUCCGUGCCAGCCCUCGCCAGUCUGACGUGAUGAUCGUCGCCGGCACCCUGACCAACAAGAUGGCCCCCGCCCUGCGCCAGGUCUACGACCAGAUGCCCGACCCGCGCUGGGUCAUCUCCAUGGGCUCGUGCGCCAACGGCGGCGGCUACUACCACUACAGCUACAGCGUCGUCCGCGGCUGCGACAGGAUCGUCCCCGUGGAUGUCUACGUGCCCGGCUGCCCUCCCACCAGCGAGGCCCUCAUGUACGGCAUCUUUCAGCUGCAGAGGAAGAUGAGGAUGACCAAGAUCACGAGAAUGUGGUACAGGAAGUAAGAGGAAAGGAAAAAGAAAGAGAAAAGACAGAAAAAAGACAAGGUCGAGAUUUUUCUUCUCAUUUUUGGUGGUUGUGUAAGGGGAAUGCCAUGGAAUGGAGUGGAGUGGUAGAAACCCUGAGCGUUCGCCGCCGGUAUGGCGAGAAGAAAGGAAGGGAGAGAGGGUGGAGGGUGAGGAUUAGAGACCUGGCUGGCCUGGACUGGCGGACAUCACAAGACGACGAGAUCUACCGUGGGGAAGAGAGAGGAAGAGAGAGGAAGAGAGAGGAAGAGAGAGGAAGAGAGAGGAAGAGAGAGGAAGAGAGAGGAAGAGAGAGGAAGAGGAGAAGUGUGAGAGGUAUCAAAUACACAGCUGCUGAUCCCCAGCUGCCUGUCGUUUCAUUUAUCGUGUUUUUGUUCUUGUCACUUGCCUAUGUGCUUUGUACAUAUCUAGAGACGCGGUCGGAGGUGGGAAGGGAGAGAGAGGGAAGGGAAACAAGAGCGGGAAAACCGGACUGGUCAAAUAGAUGGACAUGGAAGCAAAAUAGGAAAAAGAAACAAAACCCC